AUGACUUACCUGAGUUUUCGGUACCAGGGAAUUCAAUUGCUGCGUGGUGUCAUCCCGUACAAUGAUCCUAACGGAGGUCAAAACGUCAUGCGUUUUAGUGACAUCUACAACAGCUUUCUUACGUUUUACCAGCUCUUUUCUACGGAAAAUUGGACCAAUGUUCUAUAUAGUGCAUUAAAUUACGAGUCCAUUGUUGGUUCUCCAGUCACCGCCGUAAUAGCAGCUCUGUUUCUCGUAGCCUAUGUCACCUUGUCAAAUUUCAUUCUUUUGAACAUGUUUAUUGCCGUCAUAGAGGAAAAUUUCGAGGUAGCCGAAAAGGAGAAGCACAAGAGGCAACUUGAAACCUUCCGUCGAAAUAUCGAUCCAUCAAAGAAAGAUGAUAUCGCACACCGAUGGAAUGUGUACAAAUAUUUUGAGGCGAAACCCAAGGCUCUGGUUGUUGAGUCUUUUCCGUCUAACCUUGUAUUGCAUGUUCAAAAGAAUCGCGUGAGAGACUUUCUCAAUUAUGGGUGUGAAAAGUAUUUCGGGAAAAAGGACUGCUUAGAUACAGAGUCUUUCGAUCGACCGGACAAUCUUGUUACGCGUAUCAACCGAUUUUUUGGCGUUGAAAUCGAGUCAGAUCAGAUUCCAUUACUUGAGCAAAUAGACCGGCAGCAGAGUCCUGAUGCUAAGGAUUCUCAGGGAGGAGGUGGUCUUCUCAUGGGUGAACAGGUCAAUGAUAAUUCAAUCGAAGCAUUCAUGGACGAUUAUAAUGAACGUCAGGCGUUAAAGGCAGAUUUUAUUGCGGCGCACCCAAAUUAUGAUGCAUCACUUUGGUUCUUCUCUCCUCGUAACAAGAUUCGACGAACCUGCCAGCUUCUUGUUCCAUCCAGUCAUGGAAAACGGAUUUAUGGCAUUCCUCAUUCGAAAGAAUUGAAUCUCGCAUUCAAAACAAUAAUCUAUUUGUGUAUCAUCACUAGCGUAAUCAUUGCUACAAUCGCAGUUCCGGCUUAUAUAAAAGAAAACUACGUUAACCUAGACGGAUCUUUUCCGAGGUACACCUGGUUUUGGUGCAUGGACGUAGCCCUGACCAUGGUGUUUACGGCAGAAUUUUUUAUCAAAAUAAUUGCAGAUGGCUUCCUAUUGACACCAAAUGCGUACAUGUUAAAUGUUUGGAACCAACUGGACUUAUUUAUUUUGAUUACUCUAUACGUAAACAUUGCGGUCGGAGCCAAUGCUAGUUCGUCCAGCAUUUCAAAGGUAUUUCGGGCAAUAAAGUCACUCCGCGCUCUAAGCCUUAUCAUACCGUAUGCGAUAUACGGGACGAACAUCUUUGCUGGACUUUUCUACCAAUGCAACGAUGCCUCUGCGAGCAAUAAGACUCAAUGCGUUGGUGAAUACAUCCAAUCGCCAUUUCUUCAAUGGAACGUCCUUCUUCCAAGGGUCUGGAAUACCCCUUAUUCGUACAGUUUCGAUGAUUUCAAGUCAAGCUUCCUUAUUCUAUUUGAAAUUGUAUCCGAGGAAGGUUGGGUUGAUGUCAUGUCAAGCUCCAUGCAAAUUGCUGGGCGAGAUUUGCAACCUCGGCCGAAUGUAUCGGUGUGGAACUCGGUAUACUUUUGUGUAUUCAACUUGGCGGGUGCGGUUUUUGUGUUGACCAUGUUCGUUAGUGUCAUUGUUUCCAAUUAUCAGGAGAAAUCAGGAGAUGCAUAUCUCACCGAGGAACAAAAGCGAUGGAUGGAUCUUAAGAAAUUGUUAAAACAAAUAAAACCGUCGAAAAGGCCAAAAGUUCGACCACAAAGUCGGUUUAGGGCCUUUUGUUUUGAUUGUGCUGCGGAGAAGAAAGGAAUUUGGCAUAAAUUUAUUACCGGCGUCUAUAUUCUGCAUAUUCUAUUGCUCAUGACUGAAAUUCAAGACCCAGCAGCCUGGUUGGAUCUCACUAGAAACUCGAAGGUUGAUGAUGAGUUCGAUGGGAUAAAUCAAUUACGGAAAGAUUACAAGCAGAGAAAAAAUACUCUUGAGGUUGAUUACUUGGACGUUGAAAAAUUGAAACACCGCCUGAGCAAAAUUCAUUCGAACAAAGUAUAUGAGAGGCGAAAAACAUACAAUCUUGUUUAUCAGGAAGCUCUGUUGUCGACGGAGAGGGAUGUCAAUGGAAAUGAAAAAGGGAUCUCCUUUACCAAUAUGCUUUUAAUGCUUGCCCAUUAUAAGCUCAUUGAUGACGAAAAGUGCCUAGAGAUUCAAGAAUAUGUCAAAAGAAAGAUAAAGACCGAUAGAGUAGCAGAUAAUGUUAAUAAAGAUCGCGUAAAAUCGUUGUUACGCACGAUCUAUUUGCGUCGAAAAUACAAAGCUAUUAGGGAGCAGAAGUUGAAUGCCAAAAAGAUGAAUGAUACUGUUCCUCGGAUUAUGGUUGAUAUUUUUAACGAUGAAGAGGAGGAGGAAGAAAGAACACCCGGCCUUAGGAUUGAUACGAACCUUAUACUUGGAAUGAACUCAAAAAUCCGAAUUUCCAUGAGUUCAGCCAGUUCUCCUGGGUCUGAUGGUUCACCAGCCGGAAGUUCCUUAAAUCUUUUUUCAUCUCAGAAUUCGUCCGGAGACAAUUCACCGAGACAUUCAAUUAACACGUAA